UGAUGCAGCGAUAUGCAAAAUUAUUGACCUCUGCAGCUCUACAUACAAAUUCACAAAUCGACUCCUCAUUUACAGCUCAUUGAGACCCUUUUUUCCAGUCAUCGAAUAAAAGUCUGAUAGAAAACGAAAAUCUGUAUAUAUAUUUGAAAACAUUUAUUAGCAGCGGUUAAAUUAAUCAUCCGAUCCAUUUCCUUCAACCCAUAAUUGGCAGAUCCAGAUUGAGCUCAUUGCGUUGAGAUGUCAAUUUUCGACGGACUUCCCAUUUCGCGAGAGAAAUCGUAUUUAAGGGAAGAACUUUCUAGAGUAGAUGAAAGUUGGGCUGCAGCGCGGUUUGAUUCAUUACCUCAUGUUGUGCAUAUUUUGACAUCAAAAGAUCGUGAAGGAGAAGUGCGGGUUUUGAAGGAGCAGAGUGAUGUAAUCGAAGAAGUUGUUGAUGAAGUUGUUCAUGCAUAUCAUGGUGGCUUUAACAAAGCAAUUCAAAAUUAUUCUCAGAUUUUGCGGUUAUUCAGUGAAUCUGCUCAAAGCAUUGGGGUGCUGAAGGUUGAUUUAGCUGAGGCAAAGAAACUUCUCGGUGCUCAUAAUAAGCAGUUGCAUCAGUUAUGGUAUCGGUCUGUUACCCUGCGGCACAUCAUCUCUUUGUUGGACCAAAUUGAAGGGAUAGCUAUGGUACCUGCUCGUAUUGAGAAGCUCAUUGCUGAAAAGCAGUUUUAUGCUGCAGUACAGUUACAUGUUCAGUCAGCUUUAAUGCUAGAGAGAGAGGGCCUCCAAUCGGUCGGUGCUCUUCAAGAUGUCCGUUCUGAUUUGACAAAGUUGCGAGGAACAAUCUUCUAUAAGGUUUUGGAGGAUUUGCAUGCCCAUCUUUACAAUAAGGGUCAAUACAGCUCAGUUGUCUCAAGUAUAAAUGAAAGCGAUGAUGCAAUUCCAACAUCCACAGCUAUUACAUUUUCCAUGAAUUAUUCUCUUUCUCUCUCUCGAAGAACCAGGUCACCAAAGGGCGAUAAUGAUCAUCUUGGAGAUGGAUCCUACAGACCUGGCCUGGAUGGAGGUCACAAUGAGGAUGGCACAAUGGAUUUGCAUGAGAAUGGCGGUCAUACUGGUGCAAGAGAUGUCAAACAUCCAUCUCAUCAAAUUCCCCUGUGGCUGUCAGAUUCCACUCCUGACGAAUUUGUUGAAGCAAUGAGAAAGAGUGAUGCUCCACUGCAUGUAAAAUAUUUGCAGACUCUAGUUGAGUGCCUCUGCAUGCUUGGAAAAGUUGCCGCUGCAGGUGCUAUGAUAUGCCAAAGAUUACGUCCUACAAUCCACGAGAUUAUCACUACCAAGAUCAAAGCUCAGGCAGGUCGCCUCGUUGGCCCAGGGCCUGGUCUUGGCCAUGCUGCAUUGCCUUUGGCUACAGGUCUUCACCAUCUAAAAGGGCGGCUGGAGAGUCCCCAAUUACUGAAACAAAAACGUCAAAAUGGAGUGUCAGUCACUGGAGUAUUGUUGACGACGAGCCCUGUCUCUCAUGUUAUGUCUCCUAAUGGGACCGCCCAAAUUGCAGCCAAGAAACUACUUGAUUCUAUACUGGACACCAUUGUUCGGAUAUUUGAAAACCAUGUUAUUAUUGGAGAAUUACUUGAAUCAAAAUCUUCACAACAAGCUAACUUGAACACGCCAAAAGCAAUGGCUGCUGAUAUUAGUUGGAAUCAUGAUUCUGAUGCUUCUCAUGUUACCGGCGGCUAUACAGUUGGCUUUUCCUUAAGUGUUCUACAGAGUGAGUGUCAACACCUUAUAUGCGAGAUCUUACGAGCUACUCCUGAAGCUGCUUCUGCAGACGCUGCUGCACAAACAGCUAGGCUUGCUAGCAAGGUCCCUGCUAAAGAUACGAGCGAUGGAUCCGAAGAUGGUCUUACCUUUGCAUUUCGCUUCACAGAUGCUAGUGUUUCCAUUCCUAACCAGGGGGCUGAUCACGUUCGUCAAGGAUGGAGAAGGGGCUCAAAUGUUCUUCAAGAAGGUUAUGGAACUGGAGCUGUGUUACCUGAGCAAGGGAUAUAUUUAGCAGCAUCAGUUUACAGGCCAGUACUUCAGUUUACAGAUAAAGUUGCAUCAAUGCUUCCUGAAAAGUUCUCCCAACCUGGCAAUGAUGGAUUGCUCGCAUUUACGGAGAACUUUGUGAAGGAUCACUUUUUGCCAACAUUGUUUGUAGAUUAUCGCAAAAGCGUACAGCAAGCCAUAUCAAGCCCAGCUUCAUUUCGCCCUCGAGCUAGCACAGCUUCUUACACUCCAUCAAUUGAGAAGGGACGUCCUGUUUUGCAAGGGUUAUUGACAAUAGAUAUCUUAGCAAAAGAGGUACUUGGGUGGGCUCAUGCAAUGCCAAAAUUUGCUGAUGAUAUCAUCAACUAUGUGCAAACUUUCCUCGAAAGAACAUACGAAAGAUGUCGAACGUCAUAUAUGGAGGCAGUUCUCGAGAAGCAAAGCUAUAUGCUCAUUGGGAGACAUGAUAUUGAUAAUCUGUUGCGACUUGAUCCAGCCAGUGAAUGUUUACCGAAUGCACUAGAUCAAAGAUUCAGAGAAGACAUUGGUUCUGAUUCUGAGUCCUCUGGAGUAGAAAUGGAAUUAAGUAAGAUACUACUGGAUUUGAGGCCUAUCAGACAGGAAAACCUUAUUCGCGACGAUAACAAACUUAUUUUAUUGGCUUCCUUGAGCGAUUCAUUGGAAUAUGUUGCAGACUCAAUCGAAAGGUUAGGGAGAUCAUCUUCCAAAGCUUAUGAUCAAGUAGAAGAAAAUACAACACAUCAUUCUACAAAAAAAGGUGCACCUAAAGAUCUUGCAUCAUUUGCUGAAGAAUAUAGAAAACUGGCAAUUGAUUGCCUUAAGGUUCUACGUAUGGAGAUGCAGUUGGAGACUAUUUUUCAUAUGCAGGAAAUGACAAACAGGCAGUAUUUGGAUGACCAAGAUGCAGAGGAGCCUGAUGAUUUUAUUAUAUCAUUAACUUCCCAGAUAACACGUCGAGAUGAGGAAAUGACACCAUAUGUUGCAGAUGUGAAACGAAAUUACAUAUUUGGGGGAAUAUGCGGUAUCGCCGCUAACUUGUCUCUAAAGGCUUUAGCUGAGAUGAACUCUAUCAACCUCUUCGGUGUCCAGCAAAUUUGUCGUAAUUCAAUUGCAUUGGAACAGGCUUUGGCUGCUAUCUCUUCAAUCGACAGUGAAGUUGUACAGAUGAGAUUAGAUCGUGUGCGGACGUAUUAUGAAUUAUUAAACAUGCCCUUUGAGGCAUUGCUCGCAUUUAUCUCAGAGCAUGGGCACCUUUUCACAGCUGAAGAGUAUACAAACCUUUUGGAGAUCCAGGUCCCAGGGAGGGAAAUCCCUGCUGAUGCUCAGAAUCGUGUGGCAGAGAUUUUGUCCGGUUAAAGAUCAGAAGCACUUUAAUGUCACCUUGAGCAGAGAGUAGUGGCUUAGUUUGUGGCUGCCGAUGAAAUUUUAGUAGAUAUGGAGGCUCUUAAUGUUGUAUGUCUGGUGGUGUGCUCUAAACUCUGCAUGAAAAUGAAGUGAGACGCAAAUUGCAAAUCCACAUCCCUCGAAGUUUCAGUAUAUACUGCCAAACUCUGGGUACCGUUUUGUGAGUAAUUCUUUAGAGCGAUGAACAUUGAACCCACUAAGCUCUUUCUUUCUCCAUCUUCCUGUACAUUCAGUUUUGUAUCGUUGUUGAAUUCGGAUUUUGUUCAUUAAAUGUGGGGUAAUGGGUGUUUAUUUGUAGUUAACUGCCUUGAGAACAUGAAAUAGCAUAUUCUUUUUACAACUCUUAGAACAGAAGGGCUGCUGUUAAAUAUGAUGAUGAGGUAUAUAAUCUGCUCUGCUUUGG